AUGGUGGCGGCUGCUUACACCCAGCUCAGUCCCGGCUCCAGGCACCGUGGAGCACCCGGGAGAGGCGGGAGUCUGUCCGAACUGCAGACGCUGGCAGAGAUGGGAGAGCUCGAACAUCAGUGUCAGUACGAUGAGAACGGACACACUCUGGUGCACUGGGCAGCGCUCACCGCUUCCGUCUCACUUCUCAGGUAUUUGGUAGAUUUGAGACUCCCUGUGAAUCUGCCCAGCCGCUCUGAACCGGCGCAGCGACCUAUUCACUGGGCAGCGGUCAAAGGACACAUCCCUGUUACAGAAAUCCUCCUGCAAGCUGGCGUCUCAAUUGACGAGAGGGAUCAGAGAGGAUGCACUCCUUUAAUAAUAGCUUCGCAAUAUGGACACAUUGCCCUCUGUUGCUACCUAGUGGGGAAAGGAGCCAGUCUGCAAGCAUGUGACAGCCAAGGUGACAAUGCACUGCACUGGGCUGCAUUUAAAGGACAUUGUGAGUUAACUCGCUUGCUGAUCUAUUCUGGCUUCAACCCCAGACAACUGGAUAGCUUUGGUCAGACACCGCUGCAUUUAGCUGUCCUGAGUGGAGAUCUGCCCACAGUCCAGCUGCUCUGUGAGCAGUGUGGAGUAGAAUUAGAAACUGAAGAUAAAAGUGGAAACACACCUCUAAAACUUGCUAGAGAAUGCCAGUAUAAGGAUAUCGUACUAUAUUUAGAAAAUAGUAUCUAUCAAGCAAGAAGUAUGAUUCCAAAAUUUGAUUGGAGUUCUUUGGUCUUUGGCCCCCCUGGAAAAUCUAAAGGACCGAUUCUUUUUUUUAAUGGCUGUUUGCUGUUAUGGGGUUAUCCCACUUAUUUUACACAGAUUGUCUCGAUCUCCUUCAACAGGCUAAUGACCUGCCAUAUCGCCUUCUUGGUCGGCAAUGUACUGAUGUGGUAUCUAUUUCUGAAAGCUUCUCUGAUGGAUCCUGGUUUCCUUCAAAGAGACAGUGAAGAAUACAAUCGUGCUCUUAGGCAGGCAGUUCAUUCUGAUGAAUGGAAACAGGGAAAGAAUCCUCUGAACAGGCUGUGCCAUACUUGUCACCUUGUGAAGCCACUUCGGUCUAAGCAUUGUCAUGUUACUAACCGCUGUGUGAGGUGCUUUGACCAUUACUGCCCUUACAUCUAUAAUGACGUAGGCUACAGAAACAGGGUUUACUUUUUGGGCUUCUUAGCCACAAUGUGCCUUAAUAGUGUGAUGGGAGUCUACUUUGCUUGGGACUGGUUUAAUGAGAUGGGUCGUAGCAUAUUCAUUGGAAUCGGCUUCAUUUUCCUGUCUGUUAUUGCAUUCGCUUCAGCAAUAAUGACCUGCAUAUAUUUCUACACAGCUACAGUUAACAUAACAAUAAAUGAAUACAUGAACCAGAAGAGAUACAGUCACCUUUCUGAUGAAAAAGGGCACUUCCGUAACCUCUUCAACAGGGGCAUUAAACUGAACUUGAUGGAGUUCUUUCACCUUAUUGACCCACAGAAGGAGCAUGAACUAAACACACUGAAUCAGCUGUAUAGCAUCUGA